UGGGAAGCGCCGCCAUGUUGGCGUCGUCCGCGCCGUAUUGUCAUAAAUAGAGCCGGUUAUGUAGUGUUUUCACUACUCGGUUGGCUGCCUCGGCCGUGGUGAGUGGGAAAGUGAGCGAGCGAGCGACAGGCGACCAGAGGAAAGCGGACCAGAGGAGGGGGAAGAGCCAGGACGGGACUCCAGAGCGAGCGACACUCGCCGGUGAGGGAGACGCAGGAAGCGAUGAAAGAGACGUCUGCAAACACCGUGCUGGACAGCCAGCGUAAACAAAAGCAUUAUGGAAUCACUUCUCCAAUUAGCUUGGCAUGUCCUAAAGAAAUUGAUCACAUUUACACACAGAAAUUAAUUGAUGCCAUGAAACCAUUUGGAGUUUUUGAAGAUGAGGAAGAAUUGAACCACAGGCUGGUUGUUCUUGGUAAAUUGAACAAUUUAGUAAAAGAGUGGAUUUCCGAUGUUAGUGAGAGUAAGAAUCUCCCACCUUCUGUUGUGGCUACUGUUGGUGGUAAAAUUUUCACUUUUGGCUCCUAUAGACUUGGAGUACAUACCAAAGGAGCUGACAUUGAUGCACUUUGUGUAGCUCCAAGACAUGUGGAGAGAUCUGAUUUUUUUCAGUCUUUUUUUGAAAAAUUGAAGCAUCAAGAUGGCAUUAGAAAUUUAAGAGCUGUAGAAGAUGCCUUUGUACCUGUUAUAAAAUUUGAAUUUGAUGGAAUUGAGAUUGACCUAGUUUUUGCAAGACUGGCAAUACAAACCAUAUCAGAUAAUUUAGAUCUAAGAGACGACUCUCGACUGAGAAGCCUUGAUAUAAGGUGUAUUCGCAGCUUAAAUGGAUGUAGAGUUACUGAUGAAAUUUUGCAUUUAGUGCCAAAUAAAGAAACUUUUAGACUCACCCUGAGAGCAGUCAAAUUAUGGGCCAAACGACGUGGUAUUUAUUCCAACAUGCUGGGAUUCCUUGGUGGUGUCUCUUGGGCAAUGUUAGUUGCAAGAACUUGCCAAUUAUAUCCAAAUGCAGCAGCUUCUACUUUAGUUCAUAAGUUCUUUUUAGUGUUUUCCAAGUGGGAAUGGCCAAAUCCUGUGCUGCUGAAGCAACCAGAAGAAAGCAAUUUGAAUUUGCCUGUUUGGGAUCCUCGGGUAAAUCCAUCAGAUAGGUAUCAUCUCAUGCCCAUAAUCACCCCUGCCUACCCACAACAGAAUUCUACGUAUAAUGUGUCCACAUCAACUCGAACAGUAAUGGUAGAAGAAUUUAAACAAGGUCUUGCAGUCACAGGUGAAAUUCUUCAAGGGAAAUCAGAUUGGUCCAAACUACUUGAGCCACCAAAUUUUUUUCAAAAGUAUAGACAUUAUAUAGUAUUGACUGCCAGUGCAUCAACAGAAGAAAACCAUCUAGAAUGGGUUGGAUUAGUAGAAUCUAAAAUCCGUGUGCUUGUUGGAAACUUGGAACGGAAUGAAUUUAUUACUCUUGCCCAUGUAAAUCCCCAGUCAUUCCCAGGAAAUAAGGAACAUUAUAAAGACAAUAAUUACGUAUCAAUGUGGUUCCUUGGAAUAAUUUUUCGGAGAGUAGAGAAUGCAGAAAGUGUUAACAUAGACUUGACAUACGAUAUACAGUCAUUUACUGAUACAGUGUACAGGCAGGCAAACAAUAUAAACAUGCUAAAGGAGGGAAUGAAAAUUGAAGCAACUCAUGUUAAAAAAAAACAACUUCAUCACUAUCUUCCAGCAGAGAUCCUUCAAAAGAAGAAAAAGCAAAGUCUUUCUGAGGUCAAUCGUUCAAGUGGACCUCAAUCCAAAAGAUCAUCUCUGGAUAGCAAUUGUUUGGAUAGCUCUAGAGACACUGAUAAUGGAACACCUUUUAAUUCCCCAGUGUCUACAAACAAACCUUCCAAGCCUGAUAUUUCUCCUUCAGGAGAAACAGAAAGGAAUAACACUGAACCUGCUGCCGUAAUUGUGGAAAAGCCAUUGAAUGUUCCGCCAGCUCAAGGACUAUCUAUUCCAGUCAUUGGUGCAAAAGUUGACUCUGUAGUAAAAGCUGUUUCACCCCCAGCUGUGUGCACCAUUCCUACUGUAGUAGGACGAAAUGUUAUUCCUAGGAUCACAACACCCCACAACCCUAUCCAGGGACAACCACAUCUAAAUGGGAUGGCAAAUAUAACUAAAAAUGUGCCCAAAAGGUCCCAUUCCCCAUCUAUAGAUAUGUCUUCAAAGAGAUUAAAAGAUAUAGAAAAGUUUAUUCGACUUGAAUCAAAGUUUAAGGAAUCGCUUGCUGCUGAAAACAGAAAAAGAAAAUCAAUGGAUGCCAUUGGGGGAGAAUGUAUGCCUAUUCCAACUAUUGAUACUUCACGUAAAAAGAGACUGCCCAGUAAAGAACUACCAGAUUCAUCAUCUCCAGUCCCAGCAAAUAACAUCCGAGUCAUCAAAAAUUCUAUUCGACUGACUCUUAAUCGGCUAAGGCUGCAUUGAUGGGAAAGGUCUGCCUGAGAUAGGUGGCUUCUGCAGCAUGGGGGAGUGACUCAGCACAGGGAUCCCAGCGGCUAUCCUCUCUGCUCUCUUCCUGCUGAGUCACCAACUCCAGACUCUCCUCACGCAGCUCUAGUCCACUCUGCCCUCCCACUGCUGGAGCCCAAGGCUCCAUCACCGCUUGCUGGCCCAGGAGGCUGUUCUGAGCUACGCGCCCAGGAGGAGAGGGCAGCGUUAUAUCUUCCUGUAUUCAAAUAUUUUGAGAUUUGUUCUACCAAUACUCUAUUUGAGUAAAGGUGAAUGAUUAUGAAAGGACUAAUUGUCACCUGACUUCAAACUUUGAAAAAUUCUUUAGUAAGGGAUUUGAUUAAAUUUUAUAUGUGAUGGAUUUGCAUUUUUGUAUUCAGUAUCUACCUAUUAUCCCUUUCUAUUAUCAGUCUUCAAAGUCUCUUUAAGAAUUCUCUGUACAUCCAUGUUUACCUGUAGUAUAUAAACAGAUUCUUUGGAGUGAUUAGUGGAGUUUUUCUUUAAUAAGAAAGCAAUAAGCCUAAACCUCAUAUUAUAGUAUAGUCAUUUCUCUUGUUUUAAGGGUCCAUUCAACAUGGGGUUAAGACAUAGUCAAUGGUUCAAGUUGGACCUCUCAAAGAUAGCAUUCUUCAGCCUGUUUAGUAAAUGGGAGUUGAUGAAAUGCUCUUAAGAUGGUGGGUUUGGUUAAAAAUGAAGUGUUUUUUAUCCAGAAUGGUAGGUAGAAUGUUCAGUACAUUUUGUUACCAUUGUAGGAAUCUUCCAUUGUACUGGUUCCAAGUAAGUAAAGGUAAAGUAUGAUCUGGGGGUAUAUGUUAUGUUACGAGGGACUAAGUAAAUGUGUUGGAUUUCAGGUGUGAAACUAAGAAAUAUUUUUUAAUAUAUAAAAUAUUUUUUUAAUAUAUAAAAGCCUAAGUGUCCAACUGACCAUCCGACCGGUAGCUAUGACAUGCAAUGCCCACCAGGGGGCAGACGCUCAACGCAGGAGCUGCCGAGCUGUGGUGACUUGGCAGCUGUGGUUCUCAGGUGAUGCACUGGAAUUAGAGAGGAGGGAGCCCAAUUCUGGGGUGUGUCCCCCGAGAACCGCCCUCUCGCAAUCCGGGAUGUCGGAGAUCUGGUUUCGGCCCAAUCCCUGCAGGCCAGGCCAAGGGACCCCACCGGUGCAUGAAUGCGUGCACCGGGACUCUAGUUCAUUAUGUAGACAUGUUCAUUUUCACGAGGGUUAAAUUUUCAUCUCAUUUUUCAGUGACUGGCUCUGAAAAUUAGUAUAUAUCAAAGGCAAACUAUUAUCUGCUAAUUUACCCUUGGGGAAAUUUGAGAGGUAGGGUUCAUGGCUUAAAAUCUUUUAACAUUGGGGCAGGAGAAUGAAUUUUAAAACACUACGUUGGUGCUUACAGUAAGAAUAACUUUGACUUACAGCAGCAUUUUAGUAACAUUAAAAUGCUUACUCUAACAGAAGCAGUAAAGUGAAACUAGGCUAAGAUUAUUUUCCACUGUCCCACAGCUUUGAAAUCAGAAUUCCUGGACCUUAGGGAAUCCUUUGCAAAUGUAUGUAAGAAGUUUUUGUUUAUAUGCAUUUUUUCUGGGGGGGAAUUCAGCUUUCAUCACCUUUUCAAAGUGGUUCAUGACUCUAAAAAAAAGGGGUGGGGAGGACCACAGCUAU